AUGGAUACCCCAAACAAGAACGGUGAUACACCACUACACAUGGCUCUGAAGAACAACAAUUGGGAGAUAGCUGAGCUGCUACUAAGACGAGGCGCUGACCCGAACGCGGCUAACAACAAGGGAUGGACGCCUCUGCACGUUCUCGCCAGGAAAGAAUGCGACGAUGAUGACCUGCCGUGGGCAAAUACGUUCUUCGAGCUUGCUCGAGAUAGGGUGCGAGUCGAAGGUCGGGACGAGAACGACGACACGCCGUUGCACCUGGCCGCGAAUUCCGGCAACGGAGAGUUGACCAAGCUCUUGCUGACGGUAGGCGCUGAUCCGAACGCGGUUAACAUAGAAGGAUGUACGCCUCUGCACGUUCUCGCCAGGAAAAAAUGUAAUUAUCACGUGACGAAGGUGUUGCUGAAUUUUUGCGAUGCCGAGGAUCGGCCCCUGCGGAUCGACGCUCGAGAUAAUGAAGGGCUGACACCGCUGUACACAAGCCUGCUCUAUAAGAACGCGAAGAUGUUUGAAGCGCUGCUGAGACGAGGUGCUGAUCCAAAUCAGCCCGACGAAUGGGGGUGGACACCUCUGCACUACAUCUGCGGAGGUAACAAAUACGACCUGUGGUGGGCGAGUACAAUGUUCAAGUUUGCUGGAGAUAGGGUGCGAGUCGAUGUCCAGGACGAGAAAGGCGACACGCCGAUGCACCUGGCCGUGAGUUCCGACAACGGAGACUUGAUCGAUCUGCUGCUGAGGAGAGGCGAUGAUCCGAACGCGGCUAUCAUGAGGGAAUGA